UUCCGCCACCCCCCCCCCCCGGCAGACGGAGGCAUGGCGAGCACCGAGGCCAGCAGGGAGUGUGAGACAGACGGCUGCAGCAAGGAAGCCAAGCUCCAGUGCCCCACCUGCAUCAAGCUCGGCAUUGAAGGGUCCUUUUUCUGCUCGCAGGAAUGUUUUAAGGGGAGCUGGGCCUCUCACAAGCUGCUGCACAAAAAAGCAAAGGAUGAGAAGCACCAAAAUGAGAACAAGAAUGGUGUGGAGACGGACAUCAACACAGACCCGUGGCCGGGCUAUCGUUACACAGGAAAACUACACCCUCACUACCCACUGACUCCCAUGAGGCAUGUUCCAAGUGGCAUCCAAAGACCGGACUAUGCUGACCAUCUCAGAGGGAUAUCUGAGUCCGAGCAGUUCUUGAAGGGGUCAUCGCAAAUCAAGAUCCUCUCUCCGGAGGACAUCGAAAGCAUGAGAGUUGUGAGCAAGCUGGCGCGGGAGGUCCUGGACAUUUCAGCCAUGAUGGUGAAACCAGGCGUCACAACAGAAGAAAUCGACCAUGCUGUUCAUCUGGCCUGCACAGCGAGGAACUGCUACCCCUCCCCUCUCAACUACUACAACUUCCCCAAAUCCUGCUGCACAUCCGUCAACGAAGUCAUCUGCCACGGCAUCCCGGACCGAAGACCCCUGCAAGAAGGAGACAUCCUCAACGUGGACAUCACAGUCUACUACAACGGUUUCCAUGGAGACCUGAACGAAACCUUCUUUGUUGGAGAGGUGGAUGAAGGAGCAAAGAAGCUGGUCCAGACUACAUAUGAAUGCCUUAUGCAAGCCAUCGACUCUGUGAAGCCCGGAGUUCGCUACAGAGAGCUGGGCAACAUCAUCCAGAAGCACGCCCAGGCCAACGGCUUCUCGGUGGUGCGGAGCUACUGCGGCCACGGCAUCCACAGACUCUUCCACACGGCCCCCAACGUGCCCCAUUAUGCCAAAAAUAAAGCAGUUGGAGUUAUGAAACCUGGCCACGUGUUCACCAUCGAGCCCAUGAUUUGUGAAGGUGGCUGGCAGGACGAGACGUGGCCUGACGGCUGGACGGCGGUGACCAGAGACGGGAAGCGCUCGGCUCAGUUCGAACACACGCUGCUGGUGACGGAGACCGGCUGUGACAUCCUCACCCGCCGCCUGGAGGACAACGGACGCGCUCACUUUCUGUCCGAAAUGUAGACGGAACCGGAACGCACAAAGGACUGGACUUCUGCAGACACAGUCAUCCAACACACCUGAGUCACAAGUACACUUAGAGACACACACACACACACACACACACACUCACACACACUCACAGACAGACAUUUGAAAUCCAGAGGCGCCGCUCCCGGAGCUCAGCGACGCUGCAGCUCUACAUGAAUUAAAUAUCGGUUCCGCAAAAAUAAAUGGAAGUACUUGAAUGUGUCUUAUAUCAAAUGUGGAUUGCUUUAUUAGUGAGAUCUGUAUUCUCUGGAGGAAACGAGAAAGUAUUUAUAAGAAUCGGUCUGGCUCCGUGUCCAGCGUGUUCAACAUCAGGCCUGUUUUUUGAUAUCUGGAUCUCGCUGCCCAGAGCUUUCAGUGGCUGGUGGAACCACGAGUGCAGCACACUCCCCCUCUUUCCUGUCCGCCUCUGCUCAGCGUAGUCGUGUACGUCUGCCAGAGACGGACCGUAAAGAGCCAGCAGUGCCAGACGUGGGGGCGAGGGGCGGUGUCGCUUCCACCAAGCCAUCAGCAGCGUUAUAAAUCAGUUCACCUGGUUCCAGAGAACGUUUCAGUAUUUGCUCACCAGCGCCUUUUAGAGAUCAGUAAUUAGCAUGUACCUUUUUUUUGAGUAAUAAACAUGAAACUUAAACAGCAUUACAUUGAAGUGUUUAAUACCCAACUUUAGAGGUCCCUCAGCUUUUUUCUGACGAAGCCUUGCUGAUCAGAAUACGUCGCCGUCUUAUUAAUGUGCGGAGGUGUCCGGGACGAGCGCGCUAACCUGAUUAUUACAUGCUGGCUGAGGUUAUUAGUAGUGCACAGCCAGUUGCGUAUGUCAGCAGUCGUCAUUAGGAGGCUUUAUCACGAGGCGGCCUUGGCGUCGAAAUAAAUGAAGUGCUGAACUUGUCUGUUCUGCUCGGAGGAAACGCUCCUGCAUUGGCUUGUAUUUCCAAUAACUCUGGUGCAGCAAACUGAGCCUUAACAUGUGCAUUUCUGGGUGUGUAAAAGGCGUGAAACCUGGCGCCCCCUUCCUCCCUCCACCGUACUCUGCAGCUACCUGGAUGCGGGGAUUCCCCUGGUGCACGGAGCUUUAUUUCUGCAUUUUCAGAGGACUAAUGUGAUCAGAGUUUCUCUGCCAUCUUUGUACUUCUAAUGGAGUAAUAAAUGACUCUUCUGUA